CAUGUAUAUGUGACCUCCUCAGAGUAUAUAAAAUUGGAAAGCAAAUUAAUUCAUCUAGAGUCAUUUCAGUCACUGUUAGCUGGUGCCAUGGAGCCUCUAGGGACAGUGACCAUUUUGAUGAUCAUAUGUAUCUCUUGCCUUGUUUUCCUUGCAGUCAGGAGCAGAACGCCAGAGAAUGCAAAGCAGCUGCCACCUGGCCCACCUCCACUGCCCAUCGUAGGGAACGCUCUGCAGCUGAAGACCAACAACCUGGCCCAGGUUCUCCAGGAGUUUGGUGAGAAGUAUGGCUCUGUGUUCACAAUGUAUUUUGGAACAGAACGGGUUGUGGUGCUGCAUGGCUAUGAUGCAGUGAAAGAAGCGCUGAUCGACCGUGGAGAGGAAUUUGCUGCCAGGGGACGCCUGCCAUUAGCUGAUGAUGUCAACAAGGGAUUAGGAAUUGGAUUCAGCAAUGGGGAGGGGUGGAAGCAGCUCCGGCGUUUUGCCCUUACCACCCUGCGCAACUUUGGCAUGGGAAAGAAAAGUAUUGAGGAGAGGAUCCAGGAGGAAGCACAGUUCCUGCUAGAAAAGUUCCAGGACACGCAGGAGAAGCCCUUGGAUCCAACCUACUCGCUCAGUUGUGCUCUCUCAAAUGUCAUUUGUGCAAUUGUCUUUGGGAAACGAUACGAUUAUAAUGACAAGAAGUUCCUAUCCAUGAUGAGCUUAAUGAAUGAAAACUUUCAGGUUUUUAGCUCUUCUUGGGGACAGCUCUACAACCUCUUUCCUUCUUUGAUGAAAUGCAUCCCUGGGCCCCACCACAAAGUGCUGAAAAACAACUUGGCACUCAGACAGUUUGUUUUGGAGGAGGUUGAAGAACACAAGCCCACUCUGGACCCCAGCUCACCUCGGGAUUUUAUCGACUGCUUCCUUAUGAAAAUGGAUCAGGAAAAAGGUUAUAGUGCAUCCCAUUUCACCAUUGAAAACCUGGCCAUAAGCACAGUUGACUUGUUUGCGGCUGGAACAGAGACCACCAGCACCACACUGCGAUACGGGUUCAUGAUCCUCCUCAAAUACCCAGAGAUACAAGAGAAAGUGCAUGAAGAAAUUGACAGAGUUAUUGGCCGAUCACGAAGUCCUUGCAUGGGAGAUCGUGGGGAAAUGCCUUACACAGAUGCGGUCAUCCAUGAGAUCCAGAGGUUCAUCUCUCUCCUCCCACUGAGCGUCCCUCAUGCAGUACUCAAAGACACACCGUUCAGACAAUAUGUCAUUCCAAAGGGCACUACCAUAUAUCCUAUUCUGACGUCUGUGCUACAUGACAGCAAAGAAUUUCCAAACCCCAAAGAAUUUGACCCGGGACAUUUCUUGCACAAAGAUGGCACCUUCAGGAAGAGCGACUAUUUCAUGCCUUUCUCAGCAGGGAAGCGGAUAUGUGUGGGGGAAGGUCUGGCCCGUAUGGAGAUCUUCUUGUUCUUGACCACCAUAUUACAGAACUUCACUCUGAAGUCCAUCAUUGACCCCAAGGACAUCGAUCUCACACCGGUGUUGAGCAGCAUAGGCAACUUCCCUCGGCCCUAUCAGCUCUGCAUUGUCCCUCGCUGAAAAGCCUGCCUCAGGAGGGCUGCACAUGUGGAAAAGUCGCAGCCUGGCCAAUCUUUGUUCAAAAAACCCAUAACACAAUAUCUCCUCAUGUGUGGAGCCCUAUCUUCUUACCUGACUAUUUGUUGAAAUGUUACUUUGGGGAUCGUGCUAGAGACUAUUUCAUGUUGAAGACAUUAUUGCAAAGGACAAAUAGCAGGAUUUAGAAAUUAGUCCCACACAAAAAAAUCCCAUUCUUAUCUUUCUUGCCCCUUCAUAUGCAUAUGUGUGCAGCAGCGUAGCUAGCCGCUGGAGUGACUGGUGCAUGGGCGUGUCCUGCAGCCAGGGGUGUGUCGAGCCACCCAUGGGGGCGGGGCAAACCUCUCCAAUGCUUGGAGCCUCUCCGCCGCCUCCCCCUCAGCUGUAGGGCAUCUGAGGGAGAGGCAGUAGGCAGACACAAAUCCCACAUUGCAGCGCGAAACUUGCACGUGCCUAAGCCACCAUGUCACUCCAAAAAAUUUCAUGAGCCCAAUUUUUUAAAAACUCAUUUUGUCACACACCUCUCAAUGAUGACAUCCGGGGCAGACUGUACCCCCCCACCCCCUUCCUCCACCACUGUAUUUGUGUGAUGGGCAAAAUCUGCCAAGAUGUAAGCUUUUUAGCCACUGAGUCUUGUUACUCUUUGUGCUAAAUGAAGCCAAUCAGAGUGGAAGGAACUGAGUCAACCACUGAGGAACUGGCGACCCUCAAUGGUGGUUGGAGUCUUGCACCCAUCACCCCUGAUGUUGGCUGGGGCAGAUGGGGGCUGGAGUCCAGGAAUAUCUGAAGGGCUGCAGGUUCCCCAUUCUUGCCAUGAGGGCUCAGUUGGGACAAUUCCCAUAAUCCCAUUUCAUUGGCUAGGUGGCUGGAGAUAAUGGGAGCUGCAGUCCAGCAACAAAAUCUCCAACCUUGACUUGGUGGGUUGAAGUGCUGCAGGCUGUAGAAGCUGGGUGGGUUGAGACCCCUGUCUGAGAUGACCUUUUCAUUCCCUCGCAUGUCGUACCUGAGAUACAGCAAAGUUGUUUAACUGAGUGACAACAUAAGCUUUUUUGGUAACCCUUCUAUAGAUCUGUACACUGAGAUUGGCAGGUAUGUCAAUGCUAAUAAUAAAGCACAGGCAGACAAUUUUAUUUGGAAAGAUAUUCCAAUAAACUCAGUUUGGAGUUUCCCGGUGCUAGAACAAAAUGUCUUUCACUUUCAGCCUGAGCUAAGAAGGAAAGUCUUUGGAGGGUGCUGCAGAAAUCAAUAGCUUUUAAAAUCUUUACCCCUUUCAACUAGUAGAACAUCCUUGAGACUUGACAUUUACAAAUGUUUGCCAAUAAUUCCUUUAAGGGUAACCAUGUUCUAAAGAACAGAUAGCAAUACUGGAUGCAACUGAACUUCUGAGUAAGUAUGGGAAAUGAACUAAGUUGGAUCCAGAAAUCUACUAGUCCUAGGAAGCAUAUCUUCAAGAAAGGCACAGAGCAUAGAUGGGCAAGAUCUCCCAAGCCUACCUUGGAUGAACUUGGAAAUCAUCCAAGAUCUUCCAGGAUAAGAAAACUAUUUUUUUUUCUCCUGAGCCCAACUGAGGCUCUCACUGUCUUUAAAAAUCUAGAACUGAGAAAAUAGCCCUCCCUCAAAUUCUCCACUUACUUUGUGGGUGGCAAAAUAAGGAAGGUCAUUGUGGCGUUUGCCCUCCGAGGUGUGUGACAUCAUACUGGGUUCAUAAGGAAAGGGUUAACUAAUUGUAAAAUGACUAACCUAUAGGAACCCAAGGGGAGAAGUUAGAGUUAGUGUUAGAGUUGUUAAGAAGUCAGUUGAGAGUUAGAGAAGGGAGAGGGAGGAUAAGUCUGUGGGUUGGGCUAGUUUGAUGUGAGAACGUGAGAGAAUCAGUUAAGAGGAGUCAGUUAAACAGUUGGGAUAAUCAGUUAGAAGGUAUUAGAAAGGUAUAGGCCGGUAAAGAAACUAAGAUUAAGAAACUGACAAGAAAAUUAACUGAGAAACCAUAUUUGUUAAUGCUUACAAAAUAAACUUGUUUAUUUGAUUUAAUUUUAACAA